AUGUCUGCAACAAACGCGUACGCUGUCGAAGUAUUCACUCUUCUUGGCCUCGGGACCUUGAUCAUCGGAGUUCGAACAUACGGCCGCACCCAGCUAGCGGGCAUACGAAAACUGGCGCUCGACGACUACCUCAUGCUUUUCGUCACUAUACCCUAUAUAGCGGAGAUAGUCCUUGCCUAUACGGUCAAGCAUCGAUUUCAUGGCCUUGCCAACAACGCAAUGACUGAUGACGAGCGCGUUUCGCUGCCAAGUACGAGUGAGGAGUAUGAAUGGAGGCAAGCAUUAGUUAAAGGGUCGAAGAUUCAAGUGGCGGGCUGGGCUGUCUACGCAACAGUUCUUUGGCUGAUCAAGAGUUCCAUGUGUGCCUUUUACAACCGGCUAACAAAUGGCCUGCCGGAAUACAGAAGACGAAUACGUUGGGGUUUUAUUCUCAUAGCUGCUACCUACUUAGUCGUCUUGGGUGUCAUUCUCCUCGGCUGCCAGCCGCUCUAUCGACUCUGGCAGAUAUACCCCGAUCCAGGAAACUUUUGCCAACCAGCAAUUUCAAAGUUACUAGUCUUUCUUGUGCUCACUUUGAACGUCAUCACCGACGUCUACCUCUUAAUCCUUCCAAUCCCGGCUCUGCGGAAAGCACAGGUCACGAGGAUUAAACGAGCAGUGCUCGUGCUCCUCUUCUCUGGUGGAGUUUUCGUCAUGGCUGCUGGAAUCCUCCGAUGCGUCCUGAUUAUCAAGAAUCCUACAAAAGGCCCACAGCAAGCGGCAUCCUGGGCGGUACGUGAGUCAUUUGUGGCUAUUGUCACCUCUAGUAUUCCGGUGAUCUGGGGUUGGAUGAAGCAGAGACUGAAGCCCCUCUUUUCCUCGGCG